UCACGAGUUUGUACAAUAUGGCGGAAGAUGAAGCUAAAGGUUUAUUUGUGAGAGGGAAGAAACUGUGGAAUGAAGACAACUUCGUAGCUGCGGAAAGAAGUUUCCGACAAUUGCUGUUUCUCUACGAGACAGCAGAUCAUCGACCGGUACAGAAAGCAUGUGCGCUCUGUAUGUUGGGUGGGUGUCUAUAUUUCCAACAUAAAGUGAAUGACGCCGUAAAGUUUAUGGAACAAUGUUUGUCUAUUGUACGAGAUAUUACACCUCAACAUGAAGAGUUUCUGUCUUAUGUGUUAUACAAUAUGGGAGUGUAUCUACACGUUGAGGGCAAGUACGAAAGAGCAACGGAACAUCUAAGAGAGUCACUCAACAUCCAGCGUAGAUUGUCUUCUGUGAACAAAGUCUACAUGGCAUCAAGUUGUUACCUUUCACGUUGCCUUCUCUCUCAAUGUCUAACAAAAGAAGCUGAAUAUGUGAUGAGAGAAGGUUAUGGUUUAGCAUUCAGCACGGAUAACAAUUGUGUGAAAGCAUACUCUGCUACUCUACUGGCUUAUGCAAUUCAUCUAAAUGAAGGAACAGAAAAGGAAGUGAAAAAAUUGUUACAACAGUCUGAUGGAUGGAUUCAAAUGAUGAGAGAAGAUCGAGGCAAGGCAGAAGUGUUGAGUGAAAUGGGAGAAGUAUUGGUGAUAAGGGGUGACUACAAACGUGCCAAUAGGAUACUGCAGAAAGCAGCAACAAUACAAAGACACUUUUUACCAACCAACCAUUGGGAGACUGCUAUAACUCUUUGUCGCAUGGCAGAAAGUCAAGUGAAACAAGACCAACUAAUGGCUGCUUUGCCAUUGUUCCACGAGUCAUCAGAAAUGAUGAGUAAAGCAAUAGGUGUGGAACACCCAAUAAGAGGAAGAAGUUUAUUUGGUGUUGGGAAAGUUUAUUUAAGACAACAGAAGUGGCAAGAAGCAGAAACCAUCCUAAAGGAAAGUGUCAACGUUUUGGGUGUAACUUUAGGAUACCAUCCUACAACAAGUGCAGCAAUUCGAGAUCUGAACUAUUGCUUACGAAUGCUAAAGAAAGAUCAAGAAGCAUUCGACAUUUUGCAACAACAUCAACGAGUUGUUUCUUAUCAUCAAGGUGACCUUGGAGCAAGUGCAUUUCAAGAUUUGCAAAAGGAGUUGGAGCAGCUCAGAGAAAAGAAUGAACUUCUGGCAAGAAACUUGCAACAAUCUGAAACUGAAAAGCACCACGUGGAGCAGCAUCAGCGCAAGAUAUUACAGACCUGUCUUGAAAGUUUACACCUGACUGGAUCAGAGUUAGGAAAAAUAUCUUAUGGAGACCAAGCGGCUGCUUUGCCAAGAGAAAGUGGGAUGUCACGUGUGGCAACAUCGAGUGUUCCAGCAUCUAAUACGAUGAAGCUUGAUGAUAUUGUGAGCAAUGAGGAAAUUGUAGAAGUUGCCAGUCACAUUGAAUCAGAUUGGGGUAAAGUAGCGGCAUUUCUUGAUCCAAGCAAAUUUUCCCAGGCUGCGAUUAAAGUCAUCGAGAAGCACAGUUCGUCAUCAUUUCAACAGGCCAGAGAGAUGCUUGAACAGUGGACGGAUAGCUGUGACACAAAUGCUACACGUUCUCGCUUGAGAGACGCUAUGGUUAAAGCAGGUUUGAAACGACAAGCCCAUAUUGUGUUUGAUGCACAACAGAGCAAGAGACCAUGAUAUGGGUUGGUAAAGUUAGUAACAUACGAAUAUGCAAUUUAUUUUUUAUACGUUUGUUAGUUUUAAUGUGUUACAAAAGUUGUUUGUUACAUCAAUGUGUUAUCAUAUCAAGAUUGUAGAUUGUAUGAUAUUUUAUGUUUAAUAUGAUUUCAUCAGGUC